GGACCGAUACCCCACGUGUGGAUCUCAGCUCUUCCUCAACUUUGCUGAUAUUUAAUGUAAUUCUGUUUGAAUCCAUUCAAUAUUGUAAAUAAAAUAACACAUUUCCUCAGUGCUGGUUUAAUAACCAACUUCUGCUACAGUCAUCUUUAAUUUCUUGGUAAAAAAAAAACACAUUUGGUACUAUAAUCAGUCUGAUUGAGUUUCACGUUGGCUCGUUUUAGUUGAGAAAGCUGUGCCACGUUUUGUCCUGUACAAGCUUCAUGUGCCUGGUCCAGUAAUUGGACAGUAUUACAAAGUUAACAGAGAUAAAAACCCUGUAUUGACACGAACAUAACCUUGGGCACAGUGGCGACCCCUCAGUUCUUCCUUCUGAUUGGCCAUUGGAUGGCACUGCCUCUGAGACCUCUCACGGUCAUCCACAGUGCACCCUAGAAUCUGUGUGUGUGUGUGUGUGCGUGUGCGUGUGUGUGUGUGUGUGUGUGUGUGUGUGUGUGUGUGUGUGUGUGUGUGUGUGUGUGUGUGUGUGUGUGUGUGUGUGUGUGUUAUAUCUCCACUUUUUUGGCUCUGUGUUCUUUGCCGGCCCAACUCUGUUUGGUUCAGAAAAUUUGCCCCCAAAAUAAAAACCAGUCAUGUGGCAGGUCAUGUGAUCAUGUCUUGAGGGGGGCCGUAGGUAUAUAACGCUGGCCCAACUGGUGGUGAGCGCCAUCUUUUAUUCUCUAUUUAUCUAUUGAACUAUUGACCUAUCAUCUAUCUGUAGAAAUAAAUCAAUUAAUACCUUUUCUUUUUUUUUUCUUUUUUUUUUUGCUGACGUGUGUAGGCCUGUGAGCUCACAUAGAAUUUUUUUUUCUGGCUCAUACAGGAGGAGUCUGGGAAAAGUGGGAUGUUCUGAUUGGCUGAGAGCAGUCCUCCCUCCUCCCUUUUAAAACCCAUUCCCUCUCACCUGAGUUACAAAAGAGCCACAGCUCCUCGAUUACCAACUUGUCUUGUUCCUUAUUGUAAUAAACUAAAUAAGUAUAAGGAUAACUUUCUGAAAGGGGGACCAUCUUGGCAAACAUCUGUAAGGAUUCUGUUCUGUAUUUUCCCCAGACCGACUGCAUCUAACUGGGGAUUAAAGAAGAAGAAUCACUUUUGAGAAGUUCGUGCAUUGAAACUUCUUAAAGCCGCCUCGUCCUCUGAUCUGUGGAUCAAAAUGCCGAAAGUAAGAGAUCACAUGGAGCUGAAGAGGGUCCCCACUGAGGCUGAUGAUGAUAGUACCACCAGUUUGGACCGAGAGCCCAUUGACUCUGAAAAGGCCACCAUAACCAGCAGCCAGUUUCUAGACGAUAACGACGAUGGCGAAGACCAACGGUUCCUGUCAAAUGGGAUACCAAUGAAGAAGAAAUACGAUGACGAAGAAUUUCCUGGCCACGCCUCCUUCGGCAUGUCGGUCUUUAACCUGAGCAAUGCCAUCAUGGGUAGCGGGAUCCUGGGCCUGUCCUACGCCAUGGCAAACACCGGCAUCGUUCUGUUCACAAUCCUCCUCAUUGCUGUGGCCAUCCUGUCCUUAUACUCUGUACAUUUGCUCCUCAUGACGUCCAAGGAAGGAGGAUCCCUCAUUUAUGAGAAGUUGGGAGAGAAGGCAUUUGGUUGGCCAGGAAAAAUGGCCGCCUUUGGCUCAAUAAUCAUGCAGAACAUCGGAGCCAUGUCCAGCUACCUCUUUAUUGUGAAGUAUGAGCUUCCUGAAGUCAUCAGAGCCUUCAUGGGUUUAGAAGAAAUCUCAGGUGAAUGGUACCUGAAUGGCAACUACCUGGUUGUGUUCGUGUCACUCGGGGUCAUUCUGCCGUUGUCUCUCCUCAAAAAUCUGGGUUACCUGGGCUACACCAGUGGGUUCUCCCUAUCCUGCAUGGUUUUCUUCCUGACUGCAGUCAUCUACAAGAAGACGCAGCUCCCGUGCCCUCUUCCUUUCUUCUACGGGCCCUCGUCCAACCUCAGCAUGAACUCCUCUGACAUGUCAGGCCUUUAUGUGCUACGAAACAGCUCCACGCAGAUGGACUUCUCCCGGGCCGACGUCUCCCCGGUCAUCCACAGCAGCCAGAACACCCCUCACUCCACAGGAGUCCGCUUCGAGCCUCACCCCAGCGACGAGGAGAUGUGCACACCCAAAUACUUUGUCUUCAAUUCACAGACGGCUUACACCAUCCCCAUCCUGGCCUUUGCCUUCGUCUGCCACCCCGAGGUGUUGCCGAUCUACAGCGAGCUGAAAGAUCGUACCCCUAAGAAAAUGCAGACAGUGUCCAACCUGUCCAUCCUUGCCAUGCUGAUCAUGUACAUGCUCUCAGCUCUGUUUGGCUACCUCACGUUUUACGAAAACGUGGAGGCAGAGUUACUUCACACCUUCACCAAAGUUUAUAAGUUUGACACGUUGUUGCUGCUGGUGCGUUUGGCCGUCCUCACCGCCGUCACGCUGACUGUUCCCAUCGUGCUUUUCCCGAUCCGCUCCUCCAUCACCACUCUGCUCUUCAGUGGUCGAGACUUCAGCUGGAUUCGCCACAUGGUAAUCGCUGCCGCCAUCUUACUCUUCAACAACAUGCUGGUCAUCUUCGUCCCCACCAUCAGGGACAUCUUCGGCUUCAUCGGAGGUUCUGCCGCCACGAUGCUCAUCUUCAUCUUACCUGCUGCCUUCUACCUCCGCCUGGUGAAGCCCAGGUCGACCCCGAAGAAGGUCGGGGCAACGGUCUUCCUGAUCAUGGGAAUUGUUUUCAUGUUCGGCAGCUUGUCCCUCAUCACUCUGGACUGGAUCCACAACCCACCAGGCAGCAAAGGCCAUUAAAGUCCUCCUUUGGAUUCCUAAUUAAGAGUCUGGUCUCCCUCACCACCACAUGAUUUCCGGUUUGCUUAAUUUAUUUUGCAAAAGUCCUCACAUCUCCGGCACACGGACAGGAUGGUGGUCCAGAACAUGGUUGGUGUAACGAGCCAUUAGGACAGUAUGAAGUCUUCAUCAUGAUGGAGAUCUUAGUUUUCCCAGCCCUGAAGAGAACCCUAGCCUCGGAGCUGUGAUUGGACUACGUGGCCCGGAAAAGGCAUAGUGUUGUCCUUCAUGAAAAAAGAAGCACUUCUUCCAUUUUUAUUUUAAUCUCCACAUAUCCAUGUGGAGCUGAAACCCUCAUAGAUCAAAAUUUCACCUUUUUAAUGCAUUUUUAAGUAAACCAUGAAGUAAAAGCUCAAAUGACUUAUGUUGUAAUCUAAUCCUGUUUUUUUAUUCUUGGUGAAAGUUGCUGCUCCGCAUGAAAACAAUCAGAAACCUUGCCAAAGUCUGCAUGCACAUACGUUUGUACUUGAGUCGAUCCUAGAACUGCUCUGCUCCUGGCCUCAUGGAUCAUUUCCUUCAUCCUGGCUGCUGUGCACGAGAAGCAAGGCGGUGCUUUCAGUAUUACUGUCACAGCCAGACCUGAAAUGUAGAUAAAGUCUCAUCUGGCCUUGAAAGGCUCUCUGUCGUUCAGGUUGUGUGGAGUUUAGCUGGAACAAUAAACCAGGCACUUAAUGAAGGGCUAGACAGCCACGGAUGGCAAAUAAUUUGCUGUUAAAUUUACAAAUAAUGAUGAAAACUAUUAUAAUUUUGAAGUUAACAUUUCAGAAGUUUGGUUUGGAAUGUUUAGAAAAGAAUUAAAGGCAGACAGAAGACUCAAACUUGAAAUAUUGCAUAUAUUUGUACUAGUUGGACAGUCUAAGGAUGUGCCAUACUGAUAUCAUUAUCCUAUCAGCCUUACAUGUUAAUUGAAUGUUAAAUUUGUCUAUUUUUAUUGUGCUUUUUUAAAUGAAAAGUUCAGUUUGGGAAAGUAAUGGAUUAAAAAGGAGAUCUUCAUUGUUUAAAUGCUACAUAUCAAGCUAACGCUAUCACUAGCUGUUUUAUGGAGACGCAGACAAAACCAGCAAACUACCAAAUCCCCUGAAAUAUUUGACAAAUAAUAAUGAAACGACUUAAGUCUUCCAGGCUAAAUGCUGGCAACAGCAAUAAAAAUAAAUAAAUUUCCAGUCACAUAAUGUAAAACCUUUUUAUGGACCUUUGCUCAUUUUCAGCUGUACUCCGCCUAGCUAGCUAGCACAAGGUAUUAGCUUCAUGUGUAGCUUGUCGAUGUUGAUCUUCAGAUUAAAAUCCCAGCAACAUGUUGAAACAUUUCUCUCCUAAUUGCAAAAUAUAUUUUUAAAGCAGUAACGGGUUGAGAGAACGUAACUAAACCGUGUUAAACACGAGCUGCGCUAAUCGCUACGCUCACGUGUUAUCUGCUGUUUAGAAAUUUUGGAUGCCUUUUAAUAAAUUGUGAAAUGAGAUGAACUGCAAAUGAGAAUGAAAUUUUUGUAAUUGUGCCUUUUGGGAUUAUUCUCUUGGUGCCUUGUCUUCGGGUCGGCCCAGUUGCACCUCCCACCGUUCUGCCGCUACGUGUCGUGAACACCUCCAGCCAAAGUGGACAACACUUAUAGAUCCUUUGUGGAUCUCAGUACGUGAACACAUAGAUAUUUCAAAUGAAAUAGUGUAUUAUGUGCAUGUUUUUGGACUACAAACAUGAUCUUUUUUGGACAUUUGUAAAUGCUCUGUAAAUAAUCUUUAUUUUAUGGUACACUGACAGUCGCCGCCUAGGGGGGAUUGUACUUCACUUGUACUUGAGUAGUCUUCUACAAUCAAGUGUUUCUUUUAGUAUGUAUAUUAUAUAUAAUUGUGUAUGUGUAUUAGACUGUUUUGCUGUUUGACCGUAGUUUUAUUUGAUGCUUGUAUAUUUGUAGAAAUUUUGUUCCUUAUUCCUAUUUUCAUGUUUAAACUUUGACUUCAUAACAGGAUGCAUUUAUCCGAGAGCCUUCCCCUGAGAGGGGCUGUCCAACCCUGGUCCUGAAGGGACACCAUCCAGCAUGUUUUAGUUGUUUUCCUGCUCCAGCACACCUGAUUGAAUGGUUAUAUCACCUGUUCGAGCUCUACAACGGCUGAUUAAAAUCAGGUGUGUUGAAGCAGAAUAAACCUCUAACACCUGCCGGAUGGUGGCCCUUGAGAACCAUGGUUAAACACCCCCGCUCUAAGGCAAUAUAUUUCUGCAACUUGCUGGCUUCUGCUUACCAACACUGGGUUUAAAAUAAGCUACAAGUAAGCUGUAUUACAGAAGCAAGCUGAGAACAUUUAAAGUUUUCACCUCAGGAUAACAAAUUGCACAAAGAUCUUUCUGGAUAAUCGGCACAUCUGCCUGAGACUUUGAUUCGUAUCGCUGCCGUCACACACUCGGUUGGUGAAGUUCUUAUGUUCAUGCCUUUGCCUAAAGGUACUGAUACUGUUCAAUAAUGGAUUGUUAUCUGGUAAUAAAUCCGCUCAGUUAAGAAAAUGUUUUGCUGAAACUUUAUAAACUCCCCACUAAUGCAAUAGCCUCAUCUCCUCUUCAAUUGGGUCAGCUUACAGAAAGAUAACACCUAUAUGGUGACCCACUGGGUUACUCAGGUUCAGGGCCUGGAUUCACACUUCAUAAAACUCAGUGUCAGCCAUGCUGUUGAAUCAUUGUGCGGGCGCAGAUGAGGAGCCUGUUUUUGUGGAUCUGUAAAGUCGACACCAGCUAAUGCUACUUUAAGGGAGGGUGUCCCUCAGGCAUGCCUCAGUGUUUCUGCUGUUCACAGCAUCCGUGCUUCCUGUGGAUCAGGCCCAGCAUUUACAUUUGUAAUCUACACAAACAAAAAGGAUGUUUGUUUUUUGUAUUGGUGAUGCUGUUUUCUUACAAUGAACAAUAAAAAUGUGGCAGAAAUAA